UAACAGCAUGAACUUGUCGUUUUCAUCAUUUUUUAGUACCAGUUUUUAACUUUGUCUGAUUUGUUUUAAUAUUGUUUAAUUCAAAUCAAUAACCACCCUAGAAUUAAUCAUGUCUUUAGAAGGAGCAGUGAACGGAAUGGGUGGCUCCGAAGAGAAAACCGACAAUGUAGAUGAAGUAAAUGCCAAAAAAACCAGUAAAUACGACAGUGGAGCAGCAGACUUAGAAAAAGUUACCGAUUAUGCAGAAGAAAAAGAAGUCGUGACUACUGAUGAUAUCUCAGGGGCAAUGACGAUUAUCGGUGACCGGAGAUUAAAAGAAGCGGCUGACAAAAUGGCCAAAGAAAAAGAACUUCAAAAAGUCAACAUUAAAAAGUCUGAUGUAGAAUUAAUCAUUAAAGAGAUGGAAAUAUCGAAAACGUUAGCCGAGAGAACACUCAGAGAGUAUCACGGCGACGUUGUUAAAGCUCUAAUCGCGUUGACCAAUUAAAUUUAAUGAUAACAAAAUUAUAUAUAUAUAUAUUUUCAAAAAUAUUUAAAUAAGUAUUUGUUCGUUGUAAAUAUUUAACAAAAAAAAUUCAAACUCAUUUUGAAGUAAACGAAAAAA